GCUCCCGUGUGGCAGUGCACCUGCAGACACUGUCGGCAGCAGUGCUCAGCGCUGGUAGGUGACAACACCUUUGAAACAGGCGCCAUGAAGACCACCGGCUGGCUGGUCGUGGGCUGGAUCUUCACCCUUCACACCGUCUGCCCUGGCCGCGCUGGGCAUCAGGGUGGCCAGACAGGUGAGGGCUGUGUCGCAGGUGGGGGAGUGUGUGUGAGGAGCCAGGAUGUCUGCCCCGCCCCUCUCCCCGACAACAAUGACUGUCCCGACGGCGCCACCUGCUGCAUCAGCAAGGAAGCACUCCAGAGGGCCAGACACACAGGCCAGAUGAGUGAAGGAUCCGGAAGAGUGGAGAGCCACGCACUCAACGACCCCCAUAACCAACGCACAACCCUUCAUCCCGACGCUAACACACCCUUGAGAGCGAACGGCAACCAGCGAUCAAAACACCGCGGACUUGCACACAAGGAAACCUUCAAAAAGAAUCCUGAUAGAAGGAAAGAAACAAACAAAUCGAAUAAACAGCGGGCGAAAGAGAAGACGAGACAGCGUAAACAAAAUAGAGAACGAGGGAGAAACAACAGACAUAAAGGAGCGAGAAAGCCUGGGAAGCGAGCAAGACAGAAAGAGAAACAGAAUAAAGAAGAGACGAGACACAGAACACAGAACAAGAGAACAAGAGAACAAGACCAAGACACAGACCAGAGUGGCAAGCGAAGGAGUGAACACCACACAGCCUCACCCCACAACCAAGAACACAACGGUCCACCACAGAAGAAAGAACAUAAAACUCAAGAACAGAAUAUAGAACACAAAGAUCAAACAAAAGAAAAAGAACCCAAAGAAGUAAGCAAUGAACACGGUCAAGAAACAAAUAAUAAAGAAAUUCAGAAGAAAAUAGUAAAGAUAAGAAUUGCUAAAGACAAACAAGAAACAAAGAAUGACAAUCAUCGCUUGAAUCAAAACAAGAAAAACAAGUCAAUGCUCAAGAAAGCGAGCAACACAACUCUCACAAAUAAAGAACAAAGGAACAUUCCGAAGAACAAGGAAACCACAGAACACAAACACAAGGAUAGAACCAAAGCCAAUAACAAUGAACAGCCAAUAAGAACAAAAAUGUGCGAACAAGCGACAGAUCACCGAGGAGUGUUCGAAAAUGAACGUCGUCGAGAACAAGAGAACACAAUAACACGGAACACAAUAACAGACAAGAAUGGACUUCGCAGAUUAGACGGGAAGGUAAAAGUACAUAAGAAUACGCAUCGUAAAGAACAAGAGAAACGGAAGAACAAAGAAAUAUCCAAGAAUGGUCUACGUCAAGAGAAAGAACAAGGUAGACAGAAGAAGAACAAAGAAAUAUCCAAGAAUGGUCUACGUCAAGAGAAAGAACAAGGUAGACAGAAGAAGAACAAAGAAAUAUCCAAGAAUGGUCUACGUCAAGAGAAAGAACAAGGUAGACAGAAGAAGAACAAAGAAAUAUCCAAAAAUGGUCUACGUCAAGAUAAAGAACAAGGUAGACAGAAGAACAAAGAAAUAUCCAAGAAUGGUCUACGCCAAGAUAAAGAACGAGGUAGACAGAAGAAGAACAAAGAAAUAUCCAAGAAUGGAGAACGUCAAGAGAAAGAACAAGGUAGACAGAAGAAGAACAAAGGCAUACCCAAGAAUGGAGAAGGUCAAGAUAAAGAACAAGCCAAGAAGCAGCACAAGACGGAGGCGGGACCAACCAUCCAGAGGGACCUCAAGUCAGCCAAGAAUAAGCAGCUGCUUCAAGCGUGCACCAUUAGGAGAAAAUGCAAGAAUCAAGGCGGUAGCUGCAAGAGUGAGUGUUCAGCCAGUGAGCGCUACGUCAAGAGAGGUUGUCGAGGACCUUCCUGCUGGUGCUGCGCCCCACACAAGUGCAAACUUAAGAAGAAGUGCAGGAAGCACCGCGGCUCGUGCAAGGCGGCCUGUGCUGCCAACGAGCGCCUUAUCACUAAGGGCUGCCGGGGUCCCUCCUGCUGGUGCUGCGCGCCGCCUCCCAAAUGUAAAACCAAGAAGAAGUGCAGGAAGCGUGGAGGCUCCUGCAAGACCUCGUGUCCCGCCGGCGAGGCUCUCGUCCCCAGAGGCUGUAGAGGCCACUGCCAGUGUUGUGUGCUGGGUGCUGGAGAGUGCAGUUCGACGCCUUCAUGUGAUGAGAGCCAGGGAGUGUGCAGGAUAGUGUGCCACGUGAAUGAGCGUGAGGCAGCUGGUGUCUGUGGUGGCUACGCUUGCAAGUGUUGCACAACGCAGCUGCUUGCUUGUCCUACCACAGCUGUCUGUCCCGGAAUCUGUAUAGACUCGAGAUACUGUGCCAUACCUCUGACGAACUACCAUUGCUCACUGGAUGGCUGCAUCUGCUGUGAUAAACUGGGUGUCAUAACCACACUGAGCCCAAAAGUGAUUAUAUCACCACCUCAAGAGGGACCUACCACGCCACAUCCAGUAGGACCUACCAUGCCACGUCCAGUAGGACCCACCACGCCACGUCCAGUAGGACCUACCACGCCACGUCCAGUAGGGCCUACCACGCCACGUCCAGUAGGACCUAUCACACCACAUCCAGUAGGACCCACCACGCCACGUCCAGUAGGACCCACCACGUCACGUCCAGUGGGACCCACCACGUCACGUCCAGUGGGACCCACCACGUCACGUCCAGUAGGACCUACCACGCCACGUCCAGUAGGACCCACCACGCCACGUCCAGUAGAAUCCACCACGCCACGUCCAGUAAGAACCACCACGCCACGUCCAGGAGGACCCACCACGCCACGUCCAGUAGGACCCACCACGCCACGUCCAGUAGGAACCACCACGCCACGUCCAGGAGGACCUACCACGCCACGUCCAGUAGGACCUACCACACCACGUCCAGUAGGACCUACCACGCCACGUGCAGUAGGAACCACCACGCCACAUCCAGGAGGAUCUACCACGCCACGUCCAGUAGGACCCACCACGGAAGAUCCAGAAAGACCUACCAAGCCAGAUUUAGGAGGAUCUAUCCUGCCAGACGCAGAAGGACCUAUUCUGCAGGACCCAGAAGGACCUAUCCUGCAGGACCCAGAAGGACCUAUUCUGCAGGACCCAGAAGGACCUAUUCUGCAGGACUCAGGACCUAUUCUGCAGGACCCAGAAGGACCUAUCCUGCAGGACCCAGAAAAACCUAUCCUGCAGGACCCAGAAGAAUCUAUCCUGCCAGACCCAGAAGGAUCUACCCUGCCAGACCCAGAAGGAUCUACCCUGCCAGACCCAGAAGGGCCUAUCCUGCAGGACCCAGAAGGAUCAAUCCUGCCAGACCCAGAAGGGCCUACCCUGCCAGACCCAGAAGGGCCUAUCCUGCAGGACCCAGAAGGAUCUAUCCUGCCAGACCCAGAAGGAUCUAUCCUGCCAGACCCAGAAGGAUCUAUCCUGCCAGACCCAGAAGGAUCUAUCACACCAAGUCCAGCAGAACCUGCUACUCUAAGUACGAAAAACUCCACAUCAUCAAAUCCAAGUGACUUGAUAUCCUCAAGCCUAGAGUCUAUAGCAACCUCUGCACCAUCCAGUACCGAAUCAGUUAGAGUUGAAGCUACCAACAUAAUAUCGUUCACCGCUGUAACCUUCCCAUUGCCAACAACUCAAAUAUCAACAAUGAAUCUCACCACACCCACUGCAAAAGCUUCCACCACGACAACAAUAACUGCUAUUACAACCAACACAACACCAACUCCCACCACAGCCCAUAUAACAUUCACUUUCACAACAACCUCGGUUCCAACCGAUGAUAUAAUUAACGCAGAACUGGUUUCCAUCGCACAGGAUGCUGCCCUAGGGAUACUGCCAUUUACUUCCACAACAUCUACAGUUCACAAUACAGCCCCAACUUCAACUAAUACAACAGCUACAAUACCACUGGUUACCCAAACAACAGCACCAACCACACUACUAGAUACUAAUACAACACCAACUACCACAUCAACUAGUACUAUAGUGCUAGCCACCAUAACACCCACACCACCACCAUUUACCAUCAUAAUAUUAACUACAAUGCCUGCUGCAAUUCCAAACUCCACCACCAGAGAACCAUCUACCAGUAUAACAACUCCUGCAACAACAACAACAACAACUACCAUGGCACCAGCUAUGGUCAAAACAUCUAUGGCCACAUCACAAACUAUAACCAAGACACCAAGUACCACCACAACAACAACCAUAACAACAACUACUGCCACAACACCAUCAACCAUCACAGCACCAUCAGCUACCACCAUGCCAACAACCACUGCAAUAUCUAUGAUAACAAAACCAAAUACCACUGUGACAACAACUACUACCAUGAUUAAAACUACCAGCACAACACCAACUACAACCACAACAUCAACCAGCACCACAAAAUAAACUUCUGCACUAUCACAUGCCACCACUAUACCAACUACCAUAUCUCUACGACACCAACCAUCAAUUUGACACUACCGUAUUAGUCGUCACCCCAACACUGUCACUGUGACAUUUUCUCCAACUAAGACAAAUUACCUCCAUGAUGCAACUACUACCAUGAUACCAAAUACCUUGCCAAAGUCAACUACCACAAUGACAUCAACUACCAACAUGGGCUCAACUACCACACAGUCCAUAAUAAUCAAUAGGUGCAGAUCUAGGAUAACCUUUCGUGAAAUAGAAUAUUCUCUGUAACUGGCUGACAUCGUAAUUAAAAGUUGUGAAGGAUAGAUGAAAUUGUUUAUGUAAUAAUCUAGGUUGAGGUCUGAUAAAAGACCUUCUGUACCCUCUGUAAUGCUUUUUGCACCACCGCUCUCACAGGAUGAGUAUGGGGUGCACAAUAAACUAGCCGCCUCUGGCAGCC